CCUACCGAUUGCACAUGCAAUGAACCACAUUGCGCUUUUAUCUACGUACAUUAUAUCACUCGCUCACGUGCUCCAACCUCGGAACAUCCCGCUUCGCGUACCUACACCAUGUACCACACUCUACCAGGUAGUUCACGUUCACAUGACACGACACGCACCACACCUCCCCUGACACCACCUCACCACGCACCACAAAACCAACCACCAUGUCCUCCGGUUUUGUUCCCGCGGGGACGAUCCUGCCCGACACGCCAUUAGUCUCAAAUCCCGAAGAUGCGGCGUGGGCUGCCGCGCGCGCCGCGGUCUCUGGCUCCUCCUCCUCCAGCACCGCCGGCGCCGGCGCCUCCACCUCCGUCUCGGCGACUGACCCGUCCGACACACGCAGUCUCUUCGAGAUCCUCCAGGCCAACAAAACCCGGAAGCAGGAGGAGUUCGCGGAAAAGCUAAAGUUCAAGAACCAAUUCCGCGCGCUGGAUGAGGACGACGUGGAGUUUUUGGAUUCGGUGAUGGAUGGGCAGAAGAGGUUGGACGAGGAGCGGAGGAGAAAGGAGAGGGAGGAGGUGGAGAAGUUUAAAGAGCUGCAGUCUGCCGGUGAUGCGGGGGUCGGCGUGGAAGCAGAGUUGAAAGAGGAGGAGGAGGAGGUCAAAUGGGGGAAGCGGAAGAGAGGAGAGAAAAGGGGGAGGCCUACGGUAACGGCGUUGGCUGGUGUUAAGGUGAAGAGGAAGGAAGAGACAGAGGAGGGCGCGACCAAAAAGGAUCGGAUAGAUGGAGGGGGUGAAGAGAAGACGCUGGAGGCGAAGAAGCGGAAAGUGGAGGAGAAGGUAGAGACCAAACAGACAACUGUGGUAGAGAAGCCUGCGGAAAAGGCGACGGCGCCUGUGCCAAAAGUGGGCCUCCCUAAGGUUGCACUGGGGUUAGAUUACGGGUCCGACAGUGAUGAUGACUGAAUGGGUGUGUAUGCUACGUUACAUAUUACCAUGGCCGGCUUAGAUUGCGCCUGUUGGUGCGCAGAGCCACGAACUUACAACCCAACUUCGAGAUACUGAGGGGACUAAACA